ACAGACAUCCAGGCGCAUCUUCCAGCAUCAGCAGCACCACUAUAAAACUGGAGCAUCCCAUCGGCGCAGCCACAUUAGGCUACAAUCCGCAGGACUUCCUACACCACAAGGGGCAUGAAACUAUUAUAAGAAGACAUACAACAAAUCCAAGAGUUCCAACAUGACGAAGUCUUACACCGAGGAAAGCAUGAUGCUUGAGUCUCAACCCACCGCAGACUGGACGGACAAGUGUCACAGCGGCUCCCAAGACGAGCGAGACGUGGAGAAGAAAAACGGGGAACAAGAGCCCAUGCACAAUGAUGAGGAGGAUGAUGACGAGAUGGGGCUCAACAGACUCGAAGAUGACGAUGACGAGGACGAAGAGGAGGAGGAGGAGGAAGACGGCGAUGACGCAAAGCCGAAAAGACGCGGACCCAAGAAGAAGAAGAUGACCAAAGCGCGGCUGCAGAGGUUCAAGAUGAGGCGCAUGAAGGCAAACGCGCGGGAGAGGAACCGCAUGCACGGGCUCAACGACGCGCUCGAGAGUCUGCGCAAAGUUGUGCCGUGUUACUCCAAAACGCAGAAGCUCUCCAAGAUCGAGACGCUGCGGUUGGCCAGAAAUUACAUUUGGGCUCUUUCGGAAACCCUGAGGUCGGGCAAAAGUCCGGAUUUGAUGUCUUUCGUGCAGGCCUUGUGCAAGGGCUUGUCGCAGCCGACGACCAAUUUGGUUGCAGGAUGUCUCCAACUGAAUCCCAGAACUUUUCUGCCCGAGCAGAGCCAGGAGAUGCCACCUCAUAUGCAAACAGCAAGUGCUUCCUUUCCCGCUCUUCCCUACUCCUACCAAACGCCCGGUCUUCCCAGCCCUCCUUACGGUACAAUGGACAGCUCUCACAUCUUUCACGUUAAGCCACACGCGUACGGGAGCGCGCUGGAGCCGUUUUUUGAAACCGCACUCACGGACUGCACUAGUCCCUCAUUCGAUGGACCGCUUAGCCCACCGUUGAGCGUCAACGGGAACUUUUCCUUCAAACACGAGCCUUCCUCGGAUUUCGAGAAGAACUACGCCUUUUCCAUGCACUAUCAGGCGGCGGGUUUGGCGGGUGCGCAGGGACACGCGUCUCUUUACGCGGGCUCUUCGCAACGCUGUGAUAUACCGAUGGAAAACAUUAUGUCGUAUGAAGGUCACUCUCAUCACGAGCGGGUCAUGAACGCCCAACUGAACGCGAUAUUUCACGAUUCGUGAUUCUAACGAACAUUUGUGAGACUUUGUCAGUACUGCUCGCCAUUGUAUUCUGUUAUCGCUGAUGCAAAAAGAGCAACAACAUUAUAUGCUUAAUCUUAUGUACGUAUUUAUUGUUGUUACUGCCUUUAGGAGAAAAGAGAAUUGAUUGAUUCUCGUUCACCUUAUGUAUUGUAAUCUAUAGCGCUUCUAAGUUGCGGUCACAGGUGGGAACAGGUGUGACCUUAUUCAGAAGAAUGUGUUCAUGAUCCAUGCUACAAAAUCACAAGCAAUAAUUGGGAAACUAUGCAAUUUUUAAUCGAAUACUGGGCCAAUUAUAGAAAUGAAUAGAGAUUGCUAUAUUUUUCAACCUAUUACAUUUUAAUACGUAUCUAUCCCAUACUGAAUUAUUUUGUUGUGAUUUUGUAUAGAAGUGUUCAUUUUUAUAAAGUCAAAAUCCGGCGCCAUUCCAUGCGACCCUCCAUGUUAAUGUUUAAUAAAACUGAUUUAUCUCUUGUUUAUACAAAACCGUGUUCAUUCUAGUAAUAACGACAUGGUAUAACCAGCAGGCAAGUGCUUAAAAAUCUGUAACGUUGCCUUUGCAAAUAACUUCUACUGUAAAAUCAUGCAGAGUUGCACAAUUCCAAUCCUCUGAACCCAAGUUGUUCUGCUUUAACAAUCAAUGAUCCUUUAUUGUUUCAGUGAUGGACAAAGUUGAAUUGCUUGAGUGCUGGGAUAAUUGUUCGGUGUAGUGUUGUACAUAAAAGCUUGACUAUCACCUUUUAAAUUCACCCUGUGUAAAAGCUGAAUGAGGGGCCUGUCUUUCUGAAGUGAAAAAAUAAAUAAUGGACUGAAGCAGUCUGCUAAAACUAUUCAGACAUUUUCGACUGAACUCUUGAGAUGUUACUGUUUGCAAAGAAAGAACAAAAGAAAACUAAAUCAGAUGGAUUUAAAUAUUACAGUUGUGUUGAGACUGCUGUAUUUGUGUUUAUCAGCUCAGGAUGAAGGUUUUAUGUAUUACGCAAAUUGUUUUAUUUAUUACCAUUAUUAUAGUCAAAUAUGUAUAAUAUUUUAAUGGAAAUGCAUUACAAAACAACUAUGACAUAACUAUGAAGACUAUUACAGAUAAAAAACAAACAUACAUUUAAUUAAUAAUAAAAAAAAAUAAUCUACACAAAGACAGUGUGAAAAAAAGUAAAAAAUGUGGCUCUGAUUUCUGAAAUUCUAGCCUAAAUGUGAGAGUAUAAUAAAACUUGAGGUCAUGUGCAUCUUAUCUGCAUGUCAUUGAGAAUUGUCCUAAAGGAUAUCCACUGUCAGUAUCACUAACCUUAAGCUGCUCUAUCGAUUUGGUGCACUAGUGCGCAAUAAGAGAGAAGAGCGCAAUAAGAAUGAAUUGCUCGCGGCUAAAAUAAAUAUUAAAUCAGUGUAAAGAGCCGGAAGGAACCACAGUCUUAAUGCAUCACCAAAACUAGUUCAAAGAUGGGAAAAGUUUUUUUUUUUUUUUUUUUUUCCAAAUCAGACAGGGUGUAAAAGUUUCAUCAAAAGCAGAGCUUCUUCUCAUUUUGAAUUAAACACCAAAGUCGACCUAUACUGUUAUUUAAUAUCAAUAUAUUGAUUCGAGGUGUAAAAGUUGUCCAUGAUUGAUUUGGGUAUACUUGUAGCAUCAUGAGAGUCAGCAGGUCCAUUAGAUCUAUUUAAGAGGGGAUUUAAUUGAUAACAAAAUGUGGUAUUUAAACCACAACUGUUCGUACAAGUAUUCAAAAAAAAUCUAUUCACAAAUCUAUUUAAUUAUUUACUUUUUUUUAUCUAGAAAAAACAAAAGACAAAUUAUUAAUUCGGUCGAUAUAUGACAUAAGAUGUCACGCAGGCAAAAU